AUGCGGUGCUACUCGAUGGACGAGAACGCGUACUGGUCGUCGUGCGCCUACGACUGCAAGCCCGGGGUCGGCUGGGCCGAGAACUGGACCUGCGAGGAGCUCGGCGAGCGCGCGCCGGACCCCCUGGGUUGCUCGUGGUCUGGGGAGGCCUGCACCGUGAACAAGCUCUGCUGCCACGAGGGCCAGAGCUGCGUGCGGAAGAACGAAAUCGAGGCGUACUGCACACACGAGGACAUCACCGAGCUUGACGGCUGGACUGGCGAAGUCAUCGGUGGAGCACGGGCCGAGUACGCUGUCACGCCCGUGGCACCAGAGGACAGGGCCAGGGGCACCUCGCUCUACUGCUUCAUGGCCGUGCUUCCCGGCUCCUACGAGGAGCAGCUGAAAGACCUCGCCGCGGAAAAGGGGGCCAGCAUCUUCGCGUGCGAUGCGUCCUCGGUUUUCUGGACCUGGCACGCAGACAAAACAGAGGAAGGCUCGUGGACCUCCGUCAUCAACACCGACGUCUUCAAGUCCGUCUGGGGGGAUGUCAAGAAGGACGGCCAGUACCAGUGGCACGACUGGUCUGUUAAGGUCGACCCAGACAGCGUGUUCUUCCCCGACCGCCUCAAACAGCAUCUGCAGAAGUUGAACGCGCCGAAGGAGAUGCCGAUCUAUAUCAAAAACACUGACGAAGAUUUUGGCUUCCUCGGUGCGAUCGAGGUUUUCAGCAAGGAGGCUUUGGACAAGCUGUUCUGGGAUGGGAUCCUGGACAAGUGCGAGAAGGAGGUGGGUACACACUCAGGAUCUG